UCCACGCAUUGAGUAAUUGUCUGAUGUAUUCCACACACACAAAGCACGGAAACGGUGCCUGCUUCGCGGGUGCACCACCGGGAGCGUAUCUGUGUCCGCGGGAUAUCGCCCCAAGAGUCCGGACUUCGAGGGCGCCGGUGAGGCAAUGUUUGCCGUCCGUGAACGCCAAAACUUUUUUCCUCUGCUUUGUACGCGCACAAAACCCGGAGGCGGAGGACGACGAGUGAGAACCAGGAGCCACGAGCCAGGGGAUGGUGAUGGCUAGCGUGACGGUGAGCGAGGAGUCGGGGAACAAACAAUAUCAUAAACGUAAAGGCUCGGGGUCCAAGCUGAUUUCUCGGAUCGGCGAUCAGGCCCUCUGGCGGCACCUCCAGCGCCGCCUGUGGCGCGCUCCGCGCGCCAGGGAGGGGGUCCAGCGCAGUCCAAGAUAUCCGCGCGUACCUCCGAGUUGUUCUGUUCAUGCCAUUCUCUCGGGUGCAGCGACAGGGGGGGGGAGAGGCAUAGGGGGGGAUGCGCAUCGACUCCCAACCCGCCCAGGAAGGUCCGGAUUCGCCAUCGGGGGCCUAUCGCCGAUCUAUCGACGAUGCAUCGCCGUCACCAGGUGUAUGCCUCCCCCUCUAUGCCUAUUCCCCCUAUCGUUGCCCCUCCUUCUCUGUUCCCCUGAGGAUGCCCAGGCGGUCCUGCGCGCGGCGGAGGAGAAGGAGGAGGAGGAACAGGAGGAGGGAAAGGAGGAGGCCAGGGCGCUCCUGCGCGCCGCCCGCCGGCGACGCCGAGCGCGAGGAGGUGCGCGGGCGCCUGCGCGCGGGCGGCGCCGCGGCCUUGCGCCUGGACGUCCGCGGCGGCGCUCUACGCCCGGAUCCGGCCCUGCGCGCCGUGAGCGCGCUCGGGGAGCUGGCCGUACGGAGCUGGACUGCGGCACGUUCCGGGUGUCGGAGCCGCACGUGCGGGCCGGCCUAGUGGCGCUCGCGGUGCGCGAGUUGCGGCGCUGGCGGCCGCGGCAGGUGGACGUGUACGCGAUCGGCGGCGGGCAGCUGCUGCUCGAGUGGGAGACGCUGGAGGCCCUCUCGGCGGAGUGGGGCGCCGGCCCCCUGCGCUCCGUGCGCCUGGUGGACCCCCUGUACGCGCGGGGGCGGCGGCGGGCCGCGGGCUCGCAGGGCGUGGGGCGUGCGCUCGCGGCCUUCGCGGCCUGGUUCGCGGGCACGCCGGUCACCGCCCACGGGGCCCUGGCGCGCUGGGAGGAGCCGUGCUCCGGCGGCACCGCGCCCGUGGAGCGCCUGGUGCUGCAGCUGGACUGCCCGGACGUGCUGACCGCGUCGGCGCUGGGGCUGCUGGGUCCCGGCGGCCGCCUGCUCAGCCUGCUGCCCUGCCUCGGCGGCGCGCGGGGGUGGCCCCCACUCGGCGGCGCGCCCUGAGAGGUUCGCUGCGGACUCCUGGGAGACCCUGGGCGGCGGCAGUGAAUCUAUAGGGGUGGAUCUUCUGCUCUCUGGAGUUCGCCCCCGCCUCGGCUUCGUCUUGGCUGUCGCGUCGCGGCAAGCCGCGCACCCGAUGGGCCACUCCUGCCCGGGGGGUCGCUCCCGCGGCGCGGCCGGCCGGCGACCUCGCGGAGCGCCCCACGCUGGCCAUCGCGGAGGUCUGGGGGCGGAGCGGUGCUGGCCACAGCCCGCCUGAGCUGCUGGCCAGGGAGGCAUUCGGCGCGUGCCAGCCGACCAGCGGGGCAGGGCGUGGAGAAAAUCUGGGGGACAAAAGACAGACACAAAUCAACGUCGAUACCCUGGAACAUGUGGGAAGUCAUAUGUCUCCAUCCCGCCUCCCUCGGC